GUGCAUAAGAACACCAUAGUAAGAUACUCGUUGAGACCCGUGGUUUGGAUAAUAUCACCUUCAAACUUCAUAAAACGUGUUGUAAGAUGUCCUAGUAAGAAAUUAAUCAGAAAGAGCUUGGCUCGUCAAACCCUAAGAAAUUCCCGUCGUUGUUGUCGAGCGCCACACUGCGAUGAGAUGGAGGCUGCGGGGUUAGCGAUUGGGAUCCUGGGGAUUGCCGGGCUCUUCACGUCUUGCAUCGAGAAUUUCAACAUCAUAGUUCGUGCGAGAGAAUUUAGCGAGGAGUUUGAGCAACUCUGCACUCUGCUUGCAUUGCAACAAAUUCGACUGGUGAUAUGGGGGGAAACACUUGGACUGGCGCCGCCCCCUGGCGCCAGAACACCGAAGCCAUAUAACCGCGCUCUUGAAAGGCCGGAUAUUCGGCCGUCUAUCGAGACGACUCUCAAUCAACUCCGAAACUUGCUAGCCAAAGCGGAUACUAUUACCGGUAGGUAUGCCUCUGAAGAACAAGAGAGAGCUGCCGAGCUGUCGGAGAGAUGUGCUGCUUCUGAUUCAAAGGGCAUGGCCAUCUUUCGCGACUCGUAUCAACGGUUCAAAAGCAGGAUCAGAAAGAACCAAAAGGAUAAAUCCCUAUGGCAGGUGACUCGUUGGUCUAUACACGACUACGAAAAGUUCGAGCACUUAGUAACCAAUAUUCGCGAUUUGGUUGACGCACUGGAAAGUAUCACCAGCGCACUUGGCAUAUUGGCGCAACAGCAGUCUAUCUUGGUAGACGAGAUCGAAUCACUCUCUGAUGCUAGCAGUUUGAGGCUAUUGCAGUUAGUCGGGUCAUCAAGCUCGGCGCCUCCGGCUAUUAGGGCGGUCUCGGAUACAGCUAGUGCUCGAUUGACAUAUGUAACAUCGAGUUCGCGGUCUUAUCAUACUGCCAGAACAGAACUAUCCCAAGUCGGCAGAAGGGACCAUCUGAAGGCCAUGUUGUCCAAAGCACAAGCUGCAGGAGCAUCACAGUCGCAUAAUCAGGCUAUGAUUCAGGGCGGCGAAGGAAUCAGUGCGGGCGAUGAAGCUACUCUUGCGACAACGGCGACUCAAAACACUACUACGGAUGUGCCACAGAACCAAAGAUGGAUGGCAGCACUAUUGAAUAAAGACAAGACAGAUAUCACGGCGAAGUUGGCAUUUUCCACGACGGAUAUUGAAUACGGUCGAUCUCUUGAAGAUAAUAAAGACCACGACGGAAAGGUUUAUCGUGAUAACUCCGCAAAAUUAAUCGCCCAAGCCCACGAAGACGUCCCUCUCGCCCGUCGCAUGUUCCUCGAGUUGCGUAACAUCCACCGAGCUAAUAUCCCAUUUAUUAGUGCUGCACCCGUGGGAGAUAUGCUGGACAGAAUACUUGCUAGUAUUGAAGGACCACCGGGGACACCGUAUGAAGGUGGAGUAUUUUGGAUUACAGUCAAGAUUAUUGAAUCUAAGCCCCCCAUGUUGAAGUUCCAUACUAAGGUAUACCAUCCCAAUAUCGACCCCAGGGGGAAAGUUUGUGCCGAUUAUGCUACCUGGUGGCGGGAUGCCAGUCUUCUGAAUGGUCCUAGUGGCGCAACCAACCAGCGAGCCCUACCCUGGUUCUCCGAGCAAGUUACCAACCACUACUCACUAGGGUCUCUCCUCGUUGCCCUUUGUGGCCUCCUGGCAAGCCCCAAUAUCGAAGAUCCGCUUGUACCCGAGAUUGCAGAGAAAUACCUUACGGACUAUGAAGCCUAUUAUGAAGCUGCAAAGUUAUAUACCUAGUACUCAGCGGUUUGCACAAGCCGGAAGACCAGAGGACACAGACUUGGUAUUUCUGGAGGAAGACAAUAAAGUUGAUUCGACUAUUAAUGUUACGGAAUAUCGGCCGAAGCCAGCUACAGUGAGUUUGGGGCCACGACAUAUCAUAAUAGAUUCAUCCCUAGUUUGGGAGCGGAUUUCUUCGCAUCAGCUUGAGUGGUCAGCAUUGGAGAGCCUUCUCUCAGAAUGGUUUCCAGAUAUUGAUAUCGUCUGCAAUACGACAGCUCAUGAACCUUGGUACUGUGUUGCCUUGCCAAAACCACUCAGCAGCGAUCAACGUCAAGAAAUUAAUAAACGGAGGUCUAUAGAGGACGAGAAAGCUGAUGACGCAGAGUCGGACGAAGAUGUCAUCCCUUCAACCACUACG